AGGGGAGCGCGCGCUCCCGAGGACUCUAAGCCUUGUGCGGGCACAACGCUGGCUCCGCGAAGAGCAAGUCAGUGUUGGCGGAAGAAGCGGAGGCGGCGGCCGAGGAAGAGGGAGCCGAGCGGAGCCAGUCGGCCGCCAUGGAGGAGCUGAGCAGCGUGGGAGAGCAGGUCUUCGCCGCCGAGUGCAUCCUCAGCAAGCGGCUUCGCAAGGGCAAGCUGGAGUAUUUGGUGAAGUGGAGAGGCUGGUCUUCCAAGCACAACAGCUGGGAACCUGAAGAGAAUAUUCUUGAUCCAAGACUCCUCUUGGCCUUCCAGAAGAAGGAACAUGAGAAAGAGGUACAAAAUCGGAAAAGAGGCAAACGACCCAGAGGCAGACCAAGAAAAAACGUUGAACCUGAAGCACCCUCCAAGAGCAAAUCCAGCAGCUCUUCCUCCUCCACCUCCUCUUCGACUUCCUCUUCUGACGAGGAGGAUGAAAGUGACCUUGAGACAAAGAGAAGUCAGCGGAACAGAGAAAGUCACCCAGUGCCUCAAAAAAAAGCUCAGAUUUUAGUUGCCAAACCCGAAAACAAGGACUCCGCUAGGAAGAAACGUGGACGGAAGCCGCUGCCUCCAGAGCAGAAGGCAGCCAAGAGGACAGUCAACCUAACCAAGGUGCUUAAAACAAAUAGAAAGGAGUUAGGGGGAGGGGGAGGGGGGUCCAAACUGGCAAGCAAGAUGCCGCCACAACACAAUGCUCAAAGUUCUGGCAUUGCCAUGCUUAAAUCUCACAUGAAGGAAGCCCAAGGUACCUUCGGUGGCUUUUGUUCUGGAGCAUCCUCCAAUGAAAACCUCUCCAACCUAGUGAAGAAUACUACCGUUGGAAGCCCAAAUUGCGGUAUCAGCUGGCAAAGCUCCAUUGUCCAUUAUAUGAGUAGGAUGUCACAGAACCAGAGCUCCGCAGAUGCCUCUGCAGUGGGACGACUGACUCUGAAGUCAGCUAUGUCCUGCAAGAACAGCCUAGGUUUGGAUUUAAAACUGAAAAACCAGAAAGGUUCUGGAAACCUGGAAUUGACUGUGCAAGGAUCCAAAGUGACCAAGAGACCGAGUGGCAGUUCCUUGGGGGAACAAAAGGCGGGGAACUUGCAGAACGGCAACAAAGUUCCUUCUGGAUCUCCCAGCGGCCAGCCAGCUUGCAACCAAGAGCUCAACCUACAAGCUUUAAAUCUGCAAAGUGUGAAGAAUGGGCCAAACUCUGCCAGCAGCAGCCAUAUUUCUCACCAUGGCUGCGGGGCAGCUGGCAAAAGCAGUGGCAACAGUUUAGCAACAAAGACAAGUGCAUCCAAGGGCAGCGGGUCGGGGAGCAGCCAGAACAUCGCCAGCACAGGGGCAACAUCAGCAGAUGCAGAUCCUUGCAAAGGUGAGAAACCAGCACCAAGAGCAGCUCUUAGUGAGAGAGAUGCAGCUACCAAGAGUAAUACUACCUGUGCCCAGGAGGGAUGUCCCACAAAAGACAAGACUUCAGGCAUGUCAGAAGGGAGCACCGGAGAAGAGGAGACUAGCUCUGAUUCUGACAGAGAUUCUGCUUCUUUUCCUGGAGCAGACCAGAAUACAUCUGUUUCCAUCCAGACAAACCAAGACUGGAAACCUACCCGGAGUCUUAUUGAACAUGUUUCUGUCACAGAUGUGACAGCUAAUUUGAUCACAGUAACUGUUAAGGAGUCGCCGACAAGUGUGGGCUUUUUUAACCUAAGACAUUAUUGAGCUCCAAGGCAGAUAAGCAUUAUUCCUCCCGUCUCAUUUGAAUCUCCCUUUACUGUCCCCUUGGAUAUUAGAAGGAGAAGCAAACCACAGUAGUUAGCAACCAGAGAAAUAAGGUUAGGGGCUCUUUUUCAAGAGUUUUGGCUUUACUCAUGUUGCUCGCCAAUGCAGUGGAGUGUAUUGAAAACUACAACUCCAUGCUUUGCUGUACUUGAACACUUUAGCUAUAUGAUUUUGAAAGGCCAGAGGAUUUUAAACAUUCAAGAGAAUAAAUAUAUACUGGUAUGUGUGUGUGUGUGUAUACACACACACACAUUCUCCUGAAUAGGUUCUCUAAGAAAAAUAGUUCCUUAUUUUUCUUCCAAAUAAUGAAGUUUCAACACUUCUCAGCUCCUAGAACAAAUUACGUUAGUUUGAAAAUUUGUGAACAAAUCUAUAUUUAGGAUACCUGCCAAGCGCCAUAUAAAAAGUUUGUCUUAAGGGAAUGUAUGUAAGUCAUACUUCCAACUUGCUUUGGAAACUAGAGGGUAUGAUAUAUAAGACAGCAUUGGUGUGGAGCUGGGACUAACAGCUAUCAAGUGAGUGUGGUUCAGGUUGAGCAUUGAUCUGUAGAAACUUCAGAAGUAGCAAUUAACUUGUUUGGACUAGUGUCUCAAAAACUUGCAAAGAAAGUAUGCUUUUCAUUCUGCCAAAUAUAUCAGCAGAUACAGGAAACCAACGUUGGAGAACUGCAGAAUAAUGUUCUCAAGAACUUGAAAAGACAACAUGUUUUUCAAUUUGCCAAAUGUCAGCAGAUGUCACUCAGAGGAGAAUGCUGUCUCAUUUUUAACAUCUGGUGUGUACGUGAGUGUACACACAUGUAAUUCAGGAGAUUUUUACAUAUUGGAAAAUUUUAUAUGGAAACCAGUUCCAUGUAAAAUGUGACAUGUGUAAAUCAUUGCUUAAAUAAGCCAUGUGUUCUGAGAAAUUGCUAUAUGCUUAUGUGGUUGAGAUCACUUGUGGGUCCCCAGCGUGUUCACGCACACAUGCACACGUAUACACAUUUUGCAUGCUAUUGCUUACACAGAAGAAACGGGAAGGAAGCAAAAUUAAGAGAUUUUGCUGAUGUUGAGAUUUUAUAAGCAUAAGAUGCCUUAUAAUGUGAGGUAAAAUACUAUUGAUGUGUGCUGUUCAAAUUGAGUUGAGAAUCUUUGGAACUAGAAGGCAGGUUUUUGAGGUUUCUAUGCAAUUGAUAUCUUUCUAUAGUCCUAAAUGCUCUCUUGAGUUUGGGAGUUUGCUUGCAGACGUUUCUUUACCAAACUAGGUAACGUCAUCAGUGCUACUGAGUGUGGUGUCAGCUGUCUGAAUGUGGGGCCACACACCCCAUCCAUACUGCCAGGGCAAAUUACUGUACUGUUAUAAAAAGAUGGAGCAAACACCAGAGUCACUAGCACUGAUGGUGUCAUGUAGUGAGAGAAUGAAACAUCUGCAAGCAAAUGACCAAGCUCAAGGAGCAUCUAGGACUCCACAAUUUAACCCUGAGGUACAAAUAUUAUCUUCUAUUGGUGAUAUCUUUCUAUUUAUUCUUACUUGCAAUAACUACAAAAAAGUAUUGCAGGUGGCAAGAUAACAUUGUGAUACAAACUGCCAUUUAUUUUUAUUUGAUCUCUAUAUAUGUCCUGUAUUUCCCAAUUAAAUUCUGCCACAGGGCAUCACUAUACAGGGCAGAAAUGAUUGAAAUUUCUCUUUGCUUUAUUCUUCCAGCAAGGGAUGGCUUUAUCAUUACCUUGACCACGAAGGUAAUGUAUGAAACCAGAGAGGAUAGACUGGAAUGAAAACAUCCUAGAAGCUAUGUUUAUUUUAGGCUACCUGCUCUCUGAAGUGAUGGUUCAGUUUAGGUUUCUAUUAUUUCUCUCAGAACAGGGGCUUCCUGUUGGUCAAGAGCCCUGGUCUAAGUUUGGGAAGUGCUAAGCUCGGUCAAGUCAAUUGACGGUCAAGCUCUAUCACAAUUUGACUGUUCCAAUAGUGUAAUUCUAAGUCCCCAUACUCCUAGCAUAAAAAGAAACAGAAACAGGGAAUGUUAAAUUGACAAGGAAUUUUAUUGAAAUGGGUAUUUUUGCAGCUUUCAAAGUCAUAAAGUACAUGAUGUUGGACCACUGUUUAUCAGACCCAUGGCAAGGUAAAGCAAUGCAAAGGUUUUGUUCAAAACUGUAUGUUGAGACCACAGUAUAGUCUGUUGUCUGUAGGUUGUGAUGUGACUCAGUAAAUGGUUUCCAGACUUUUGGAUUGUUUGAAGCAUUGGCGUAGCCUACUACUUUUCUUGCUCGUACUGUAGUUUCUCUUUUAUAUUUGCGCUGCUGCCAUACGAGCAAGUGAAGUUAAGAAAAGGCAAGACAGCAAAUUUAUCAGGGAUAAAGUAUUGCUCAUGCUUAUGUUAGCUAAUAUAAUUUUGUUGAAUACAUUGACAUGGAAGCGUAUCUUUUUCACCAAAGUUUACUCACAUAGAAAACAAUUCCAAGGAAGUCCAUGAGAUUUGCUUCCAUGCAGCUGUAAUUUAAAAUUUGAUAUGCCGGGUUAUAAUAGUGCACCGAAUGAGUCUUCUGCAAACAGUGCUUCUAGUUCCUUAAGCUUAUGCCUCUUGAUGUGCACUGCUGCUGAAUAAGGUGACAGGUUGAGCCAGGAUUUUCCAAAGGGCCUGCAGCUAGGUAGAAUGCCUCCAAGGGUCAGGCAUCAGGCUUAAUACAAUGUUUUUCAGGUAGCAUUUUCAUAUAACCCAUCUGGUUUGAGUCCUGGGCUGCCUAGGCUCUCAGCUCACCAUAUUUGUUCAGCUCACCAUAUUAGUUCCAAAAAUAUUCUUUGUUUAGAUCAGGGG